AUACCCGCCCGCACUGUAUCAGCGAAAGGUAGCCGCAGCCCCAACGAGCGGACCUAGAGGAGAGAAUCCCAGACGGAAGCGCACAGAUGUCGGCGAUCUGCGGUUGUUCCUGUUCCGGUGGCGGUGCCGCCAUUUCCAUCGCAGGUUCUAAAUUAUUCUGCCUCUCUAUUCCUCUUAGAAGAUAUUCCCUCGCCAUAGCUGCCGCGGGUAGCGGAGCUUUUCCUUCUAAAAGUUACCGCAAGGCUUUUACAUCCCUCUUGGUAAGGGCUUCAGCGGUGGAUUCCUACGAGAACUCUUCUGAUUUCGUCAAGCGUAUGGAGCAGGCGUGGCUAAUCUCUCAGCAACCAAGACCUGUUGCUUGUUCUUCAUGUGCAUCAAAAGGGUGUGUUGAAUGCAAAUGGUGUGGGGGAACUGGCUUUUUUGUCAUCGGCAACAACGUGCUCUGCGAAGUUCCUUCCAGAAACACUAGCUGCGUGAUUUGUGCGGGGAAGGGAUCUGUGUGCUGUGCUGAUUGUAAGGGCACUGGGUUUCGUGCAAAGUGGCUUGGGAAACCUCCUCUCCAAUAGGCGCAGCCACGUUCGGAGAUGAAUAAGAUGCAGCCAUGUCAGUGGUACAAAGCGGUACCGAGCAGUACCAAGCCGCAGUACACAGCAAAAGGGUGAUGUGGCAAAUUUUGAUUGGUCUCCGGACAGCGUUCGUCAUCCGCACAAAAUAAUCCAACCCCGAGCCAGCCUUUUGUCAUCUCCAAAGUAAUUGUAUGGCUUUUUGUACAAUUUAUUCAAAUUACUUGUGAUAACUUGAAAUUUGUUUAAUUAGCAUUCAUGAUUUUAAGGAUAAUAUUGUUAAAAGUAUUUAAAGAUUAUAUAUUUUAAUUAA